AUGCCCCAUGACGCUGCUACGGCCGACCUCUACUCAAAUAUCCAUUCGCGCACUUCGCAACACGUGCCAGGUCUCAUCAAGGUCCCCACUUGCGGGCUGGAGCUCUCCAACUCGACAAGCGACUGCUGGCCAUCUGCUGUUGUUGGGCUCGCGCCUGGCCAAUCAGGCAAUGGGAUUCAAGGUGGCGUCAUCUGCGCCGGGAAACGGUGCUACUGCCCCUCCAUCUAA